UUGGAAAAGAAGUUGGACGUACAUUUUCAUUUCCAGUUUAUUCCACGCUAGACGGCGCUAAACCCAGGGGAUUUUUCUAAACCUCCCUUAAACCCCUCUCAAAACCCCUAAAUUCGCCGAUUAAUCUGCGGCCAUGCCGAGGCUAUCGAAGCUCAACGUCUCCAACCCCAAGCUAUGGGUGGCGAUCGGCGUUGGGGUCGCUGGUGUUCUGAUCCUUGCUGAGGUUCACCGCCGACGGCGGCGGCUGAGAGCUAGGGAAGACUUUGGAGCCUUCAUCGAACGCUUCGAGCUGCUUCCUUUCCCUCAACCGCCUCCUCCGGCCGCUCGGCUUCCCCUCUCUGGCCUUACAUUUGCGAUCAAUGACAAUAUUGAUGUGAAGGGGUACGUGACCGGGUUUGGAAGUCCGGAGUGGAAGCGGACGCAUGAAGCGGCCGGAAUAACGGCGAUGGUUGUGACGGCUCUGCUGAAGGCCGGAGCUACUUGUACUGGCAAGACAGUUAUGGAUGAGCUCGGUUUGGGGUUCACCGGAAAGAAUGCACACUAUGGAACUCCAACUAACCCAAAAUUGCCAUCUCACAUUCCCGGUGGCGCAUCCAGUGGUUCAGCUGUUGCUGUUGCAUCCAAACUUGUUGAUUUUGCUCUUGGUACUGAUACCACCGGGUGUAUAAGAUUGCCGGCAUCAUUUUGUGGUGUUAUUGGAUUUAGACCAUCUCAUGGGAUUGUGUCAACUAUUGGUGUACUGCCACUCUCCCAAAGUUUAGACACCAUUGGUUGGUUAUCUCAUGAUCCUUCCAUUUUGCAUAAAGUUGGACAUGUGUUACUUCAGCUUUCCCCCUCUGAACCCAAGAGGAUGGGACGCUUUCUUAUAGCUGAUGAUCUUUUUCAACUGUCUAAGGUUCCCUCACAGAAGACAAUCGAUAUUGUCAGGAGAUCAACAGAGAAAUUAUCUGGCUUUCAGACACCACUGCAUAUCAAUCUUGGGAAGUACAUCGCUACAAAUGUUCCCAGCUUGAAAGGGUUUUCUGAAGAACCAACUUGUCAGCAACAAGGAAUUUCAACUUUACAAGCUAUCGCUACUGUGAUGUGUCAACUGUUGAGUUACGAGUUCAAAACAAAUUAUGAAGGAUGGAAAAAUGAAGUCAAACCCAAGUUUGUUUCUGAUGUUGCUGAUUGUGUUACUGCUGCAAUUACCUCAAUACCUAAAAACAUUAAACUUCUCUAUAAGAUCAGGACUGAAUUGCGAGCUGCUCUUGACAGUCUCUUGAAGGACGAUGGGAUAUUAGUAAUUCCCACUGUGGCAGACCCACCAUCAAAACUAUUUUCAAAGAAAGGUCUAUCUACUGAAGUUUGUGAUAGAGCAUUUACUUUAUUGAGCAUUGCCAGUGUGUCAGGCUGUUGUCAGGCAGCCAUUCCAUUCGGAGAACACGAAAAAUAUCCAGUCUCUGUGUCAUUUCUUGCAUCACACAGAAGUGAUAAGUUUUUGCUUGAUACUAUCCUGGAUAUGUUUUCCUGUCUUCAAGAGGAAGUGAGCAAGGUUUCAAAAGCUUUACCAUUACCUGAUGAUAGCGCGGAUGACUCUGAACUGUUGAAAGAAAAGGGAAAUGCUGCAUACAAGGGUAAGCAGUGGGAUAAGGCUAUAAGCUACUAUACAGAAGCAAUAAAAUUAAAUGAGAUGAAUGCAACUUUCUAUAGCAAUAGGGCAGCUGCUUACUUGGAAUUGGGAUGCUUUCAACAAGCUAUAAAGGACUGCACUGUUGCAAUCUCUCUCAAUAAAAAGAAUGUGAAGGCAUAUUUGAGACGAGGGACAGCUAGGGAGUCACUUCUCUUCUAUAAUGACGCUCUUCAAGAUUUUAGGCAUGCACUUAUUCUGGAACCAAAGAAUAAGGUAGCAAGUCAAGCUGAAGAGAGACUGAGAAAACUGAUUAGUUAAUGGUUUCUGCAUCACAAUAGUGUUAAACAUGAUCAAUACCUUUUGAACAUUGGUGAGCUAUUCCUUAAUUAUUCUUGAACUUUUCUGACAAAAGCAUACCAGUCUCGGAGGACAGUUUUGUUGACAGAUCUUGGAAUUCCAGGCAAUCUUAGUACAUAAAAUUUUGUACAAUUAUUCGAAUUUCACAUCGGUCUUUUAGAUGAUGACUGGUAAAAACAAAGAAUUUUUGUGCUAUACUACAAGCCAUGUUCACAUGCCCAAUAAGGCCAUCUGUUUUGUUUGUGAAUCAUCUUAAAUUGAGUUUCAUUAAGUA